AGUCUCUAACCACAACCUCUCUCGUGGUCACACGUGGUUAGACCACCGCUAGUUAAAAAAAAAAUCGCCCACCGGAAUUAACAAGAAGUUACAAAAAAUGGGUCUUUCGCAGUUUCCGACAGCUUCGGAAGGAGUGCUACCACUUCUGGUAAUGAACACGGUUGUUUCAGUUUCUCUGUUAAAGAACAUGGUGAUGUCUGUUUUCCGAAUUGUUGGAACCGAUACUGAAGCGUCCAUGGAGAUAGAGCAGCGUGAAGAGGAUUGCGUUAGGAGGAGGAGAAGAAGAAUCUCGAUAACGCAGUUCAAGUCUCUGUGUGAGAACAGAGGAGGAGAAGAAAAUGAAGAAGAUGAAGAAGAAGAGGAAGGUGUUGAGUGUUGUGUGUGUCUUUGUGGGUUUAAAGAGGAAGAGGAAGUGAGUGAACUGGUUUCUUGCAAGCAUUUCUUCCACAGAGCUUGUCUAGACAACUGGUUCGGUAAUGAUCACACAACCUGUCCUCUUUGCAGAUCCAUUCUCUAGUGGUGGUGGAACUACCUUGUUUAACACUUUCCUUUUUUUUUAUUUUGCUUUUGUUAUGAAAACACCAACAUUCUGUAUUCUCUGUUUUGUCCCCUUUUCUGCUUUUUUUACCAGUUUGGUGUUUUAUGUUUUCCCCUUUUUUAAUGGAAACGGGUUUUUUGCAUAAUAAUAAAGGACUUGAAUUGCUGUGUU